AUGUCAGCGAAAAGAGGUCGUGGUGGUGUUGGUGGUGGUAAAUUUCGUAUCUCACUUGGUUUACCAGUUGGUGCUGUUAUCAAUUGUGCCGAUAAUACAGGUGCCAAAAAUUUAUUUGUUAUUUCGGUCAAAGGUUUCGGUUCCCGACUUAAUCGAUUACCAGCUGCUUGCGUUGGUGACAUGAUCAUCUCAACCAUCAAGAAAGGUAAACCUGAUUUACGUAAAAAAGUUAUGCCCGCCGUGGUUAUUCGACAACGUAAACCAUUUCGCCGAAAGGAUGGUACAUUUAUCUAUUUUGAAGAUAAUGCCGGUGUUAUUGUCAAUAACAAAGGUGAAAUGAAAGGUUCAGCUAUAACAGGACCCGUAGCAAAAGAAUGCGCUGAUUUAUGGCCACGUAUCGCUGCUAAUGCACAAUCUGUGGCUUAA